UUGGACUGUCUCAUAUCCUGCCCGAAGGCAAAGACUAUUACCGUACACAAAAGCAAAUGGAGCUUCCUGUGAAGUGGAUGGCUCCAGAAAGUUUAUGUUAUCGUCUCUUUACGACACAGUCAGAUGUUUGGUCUUAUGGUGUCACAAUUUGGGAAGUGAUGACGCUUGCACAAGUUCCAUAUUCAGAAAUUGGUAACGAGAAGGUUCUCUCGUACAUUUCAAACGGUGGAAGGAUGUCACAGCCCAAGAACUGCCCACAGAAAAUCUACGACAUCAUGAUCCAAUGUUGGCAAUUUGAAGCCAAUCAUCGCCCUUCAUUCACAACGAUUAUGAGCGACAUAGAAACAUUUCUGAGUGCGUACAGAGGAUACUUAGUUGUGGAUGCUACGUUUCAGCAGCAGAACAGUGAUAUAGCUUUUUUCCAGCAACCAGAUGUAUCUUGUAUAGCAUCCACCAAUGAGAGCAUCGAAGUCGAGGAAUGUGUUGAAACUUCUUUCCAGCAAUCAGAAAUGCCUCAUUUUGAGGCAGCUGCUGAUACAGGAACGGUUAAUGGAAACAAUGUCCAACCCCAAGUGGACAAAUUCAUUUCUUUGAAGCAACGAGAUAUGGAUAAUGUUGAAGCAGCUGACCAUACAACAACAAAAAAGCAGAAGGCCAUUGUCUAAUACACUGCAGUGUGAAGCCAACAAGAGAAAAAUUGAUAAAGCCAAACUAAUUUAGGUAGCUAUAGUAGACCAAUUGCAGCCACUUGCAAAUGUUUGAGUAGAGAAAUGGCAUGCAGCAGUGAUUAGAGAUAGGGCGUUUGUUUGUAGCGAGAUAUCUUAUGAACGUUGAAUGUAAUGAACUGCUGCAUUUGAUGACGGGGAGCAGCAGUGAUAUUGAUGACAGAUGACGGUAUUUAUUGUUUAACUCGGCUGUUAGAUUAUUGCUUGGAU